CGCCGAGAGAGGAGCGUCAUUUAUUCCUUCUGCUCAAAUGCCACACGGCGCGCUUCAGGCGCCGCCCUGUUUACCGGCAGAUCUCCUCCGGGUCGCAACGCCGAUCACGACGCACGCUCGUAGCGCCGCGUUACAUCGCGCGCUUAUGGACUACAGGUGACGCCGCCGGAGCCGCACACGCGGGGCAUUCCCGACAGAGGGACCAGGGUUCGCUGCCCUUUCCUGACCACGCUCGCCUCUUCGCGUUUUGCCCUCUCCCGCCGCGCUGUGUUCUUGAGUGAGAGAGAAGAGUCGUCACCUUUGCAACUUUUGAGCCUGCGACGCCGGCUGACAAUGAGCGCACCUCGUGGUGAACUGAACGAGGAUCCAGGAAGCAUGAGGCUCUCCUUCCGCGGGGGCAUUUACCGGAGCACGGCGGACGGCUCGAGCAUGUCGACGACCAACCUGGCCGAGGACGCGGCCCCGCCCGCCGUGCAGCGUCCGGCCGCGCUCCCUUCGCUGCCGGCGCAGGGCUCCAAGGAGCUGGAAGCGGCCGACACCGAGGACACCGAGUCGGCGGGCGGAGCGGCGCCCACGCCUCGCGGGGGCGCCUGCCGAACUUUCCUGCGGCACAACCGGCUCACCGUGGCCACCAUAGCGGCCGUGGUGGCCGGCAUCGUGCUCGGAAUCGUACUCAGGCCUCUAGGGCCCUUCUCGAAGCGCCAGCUGAUGUACAUCAACUUCCCGGGCGAGAUGUUCCUGCGCAUGCUGCGCGGCCUCAUCCUGCCGCUGAUCACCUCGAGCAUGGUGGCCGCCGUGGGGGCGCUGGACGCGCGCCUCUCGGGACGGAUCGGCCUGCGCGCCGUCGUCUACUACUUCUCCACCACCUUCCUGGCCAUCGUGCUGGGCAUCGUGCUCGUCACGGGCCUGCAGCCGGGCGCCGGCGACAGCGACGCGUCCACCUCCAAAGAGUCCAAGGCGCGGCUCGUCACCACCGCCGACACGCUCAUGGACCUCAUCAGAAACGCUUUCCCACCUAACGUGAUUGAAGCCUGUGUCACGCAAUUUUCGACGAUUGUUAUCAAGCCACCAGGAAAUGCGACCAAUACAUCUAUGUACGACUGGGACUACAAGACGGUGCAAGACCCCGGCACAAACAUCCUGGGCCUCAUCGUUUUCUGCAUCGCGCUGGGAGCCACCGUGGGACAGAUGGGCGAGAGCGGAAAGCCCCUGCUGGACAUAUUCACCUGCCUAUCCGACGCCAUGAUGAUCAUCACCAAGCUAGUCGUUUGGUUCUCGCCCGUGGGCGUCAUGUUCCUGGUGAUGGCCAAGAUGCUGGAAAUGCAGGACUUCUCGAUAGUGGCCGGUCAAGUUGGCCUGUACACCGUGACCGUUCUGCUGGGCCUCCUGCUACACGGCUUUGUGGUGCUGCCGCUGAUCUAUUGGCUCGUCAUGCGGCAGCCGCCCUUCCGCUUCCUGCUCGACAUGCUGCAGGCCAUCGCCACUGCAUUCGGCACCGCUUCCAGUUCUGCUACGCUACCGGUGACCAUAUCGACGCUGGAAGACAAGGUGAAGGUGGACCCGAAGGUGGUCCGCUUCUGCAUCCCCAUCGGAGCCACCAUCAACAUGGACGGAACGGCACUGUACGAAGCCGUGGCCGCCAUCUUCAUCGCCCAGGUGCGAAGAGUGCCCCUGGACGUCGGCAAGGUCAUCGCCAUCAGCGUCACGGCAACCGCUGCCAGCAUCGGCGCCGCUGGAAUCCCGCAAGCGGGCCUGGUUACCAUGGUGAUGGUACUGAAUGCGGUCGGGCUCCCUGCUGACGACAUCACACUCAUCAUCGUCGUCGACUGGUUCCUAGAUCGCUUCCGCACAGCCAUCAACGUCUUGGGCGACGCCGUUGGUGCCUGCGUCGUCGAACGCCUCAGUCUGAAGGACCUGGAGAAGCCUCAUAUCUCAGAUGGUCGGGGCUCCAAGGACACCGUCAUCACGUCAAUGUAGACGACAGUUGUCCUUGCUGGCCUGGCCUUAAAUGGUACAGAGGGUCGUCCACGGUCACUCUAGAUGUGAGAGGUCAAAUCGCGCGCUGGGAAAAGAACUUCUGUGGCUCGUUCCGAACCGUGACGUAACUCGCGUGGCUGCGGUAGCGGUAAAAUUAUUCGUCAGGCGUUUACAUUGAUUCGCGAGUAUACCUAGUUCAAGCGCCAGCUGAAGACUCCACGUGGUUUCGAAUGCCUGCUUGCGCACGCGAGCAUUACUAUCGACGAAUCGCAGCGCGCGCUGAGAUCUGCCUGGUACAGAUGGUAAAGCCAUGGCCUCCGAAAUCGGGCAACGCGCAAGGAUCGCGCAUGAUAUUGGAGACCAUGGUGAAACUACGCAGGUUCGUAUGAGGCCCAGCAGUGGACUGUCUGUUGCUACAGCACUUAAGCCACGUUGAAAAUGUAUAAGUGCUUACAUUAGUUUCGGCUUCGCCACGGGCCGGUUCCGUAUGGCUGGCUUCCUGAUCGUUUCUCUUAGACCCUUUCUCGAUAGCGCUCAGGCUUGGUUAUGCAAACUCUGGUUCUUGGCAAAAAUGUGUCAAAAUCUCUUUUUUUUUAUAAUGCAAUCACAGCGUUUAUUUAUUAUCGAAAUUGUCAAAAUGAUAAAAGCGCGAUUUGUCCACGUUAUCACAGCAACUUCUGGAAACAAUGCAUGGUCCUUGGCGCAUGUCCAUCGUUAAGUCUGUGUAAUAUAUUAGCAGUAACAGCUGCACAGGGUGAACACUUUUUCGAUAUACUAAACGUGUUAUUCUACACGAAGCUCCAACAAUGUCGGAUCACAACAAUGAAAGGCUGCUAUAUUGAACUGAUAACUUCCACAACCUUGUAUCACAGCGUGUUUAUAAAAAAAGGUCUUCGAAAAGCUACGGUACAUAGGCCACGUAAUGCCUAUCAGUUUCACACUGUUCCAACCUCCCUAUUGGCGACUCCUGCCGGACACUAGCGCGAGGUUUCUCUCUGGUGAUCUUCGUAAGAAACUAUUUAUACUACCUGGAACAGUCGGCAAAGCUUCACCUCACCGCCUGCCGCAGGAAGGCUGGAAAGUUGAUUUUGCUCUCAAGUUUACUCGCUUUGCCUUCUCACUCAACGCGCACUCGUAAUCCAGAAAUCAUGUAAAAUAGUUUUUCGAGAGCUCUUCCUGUCAGUCAGACUAUCAUUCUUGAAGACAUCCCUCUUCGUUAACCACCCCGUUUGUGCGACUAAAUUGGGCAAUUAAAGAAAGAACAUUUGAGGAGUUAGAGAAGCGUACCCUUCAUGUGUGUGCAGAUCUAGGUUAAUUUUCACCCUCGUUACCUGCAAUGCCACAAGAGGCCACGCAAACCAUUCAUUUUUGUUUUUUCUCGAUUGUACCUGUUCCUGUAAACUGUCUUACUUAAGAUGGUAAACGUUGGCCAAUAACUCAAGGUGACGCAUACGCUGGCGAAAGCUUACGUGCGAAGGUUGAGCAGCCUAGUCGAACUCGGUGUUACUUAUUUCAUCCUCGUCCGUCAUGCAUUUCGCCAUGGCCGCUAUUGCGCUGUGCGCACAUAGCGAUACGAGUUUAAAUGCACGACACUUAUCAUUUAUUAUAGGCCGAAAUGAAGCGAUGAACGCUGGUAAUUAUUGUUUCCUUCGGGUGCAUAUAUGAGGUUAUUUCAAUAUUUAAAAAGAAACAGAAGAAUAUCGCAUAAAUUAUAUAAAGUAAAAGUUAUGUGAUCAGUGGCAGUAUUAGCGCGAUUCUUAGCGAAAUAUUUAGAAACUUUGCGUGUAUAUAUUGACCUUUAUUUAUGGUUAACUCCAACACGGGCGUCUCAAGAUCAAGGACGGUGGGUUCAGAGAUUACUUGCCCUGUACUCCGUUAUAAAGCAUGUUGUUUCGAAUCGAUAUUGCGCCUAAGUCCACCUGCUCCCCGGACCCCUCCUCCGCCCAAAGUUAUGACGCCACUUCUCACGUUGCUUAUAGUAAAUAGGCGGGUCUUGAAGGGCGGAAAGUAUUUACUGUCUUGUGCGCCACACAGUGACUUCCAAACACAGAGUUCUGUCUGCCCCAACACAUUGUACGCUAACCCUCUUAUUAGGCAGUGAAUGUACUAAGCACAGAGCUGCGAGUCAGCCUCUUGUAAACGGUCAAGUGCAAGCCCACUACCUAGGUUCGUCCCAUUUACCUUGUCCCUCACAGUUAUUCCGGUGUGAACGUCAACAGAAAUAAAAAGAAAAUGAAAUGCGAGGGCGGGGAUGGGAGCGUUUGCUGCUGUAAGACAUCAGCUUUCGAUGCACUUGUACAUAACGCAACAGCGGGCGACCUUCAUUCCUUGAUCAUCACGGCCAUUGUUAAAUAAAAGGUAAUUUAUUUCA